UAAUGAGGCUCUAUGUUCAAAAUGCGGAAAUGCAGAAGACAACGCAGUACCGUCAUGCUUUCACUUGUUUUGUUCGCUAAAAUAAUAGUUUUUCCAAUGUCGUCCGUCGCGUCUUACGAUAUGUUGCUUUAAGCUUUUAUAUUGUGGCAGAGAAUUAUGCGGUCCGCCAGAAUCGCGAUUUUGUUGACUGACUAACGUUAGCUUUAAUAUGUACAGUGGACUUCUGCCGUCGGGUCUCACCGAGGCUGAUCUGAGCUCUGAUGAUGCUGAUGAAGGAGAAACAGCAGAAAAGACAGACGAACACCAGACGCAUCAGUCAGGCACCGAGCCUCAUUCAGCUUCUGCACAGGUUGAAUGUAAUAACCGGAAAUCUGACGUUCAUGAUGAUGCAUUAGAGGAAGAUUGUCUUCCUGGAGUCUCCUUGGAUAUGUGGAAAAAGUUCAAAGAUCUCCAAAGAGCAAAACAUGACCAGAGUUUGAGGCCACCACAAAUCAAACGGCAAAGGAAAAGGCGCCAUAAGAAAGGUGGGACAGAGAAUUGCAGCUCUGAACAGAAAAGGGAGCCUGAAGAGAAACGGAAGGAGCACUGGAAGGAGCUCACGCAGUAUUUUGGCAUCAGUGAUAGAUUCAAGCCGCCUUCAUGUAGCAAACCUCCUCUCAUGUCAGGCCUGGAAAAGAGCAUAGAGAGUGCCAUCGCUGAAGGGGACUAUGGGAAGGCGGAAGAACUGAGUGACAGCCUUGCUACUCGAGAGCUGGCCGUGAAAAUCGCACAAGCCGCCGAUUGCCGUGACUUCUCCCGCACCAAACAGGAAGCGGAGGCUUCCCGGGCAGCCCAAAAAAGGAGGAAGCAAAUCGCUUGGGGGUUUGAAGCAAAGAAACGAUGGGAAACCAAAAGCAAUAUGGGGUUCAUGUGACUUUCACAUUUCUGAAGAGUACAGAUUGAAAAUUGUCUAUAGAGAAAUUGAAAGGCUACAGCAACUCUUCAUUUUGCAAAGAUACAAGGAUCUGGUUCCCAUCAACAUGGUCAUGGGCCAGUGUCGUCAGAUUUACAGACUGUAAAUUCACACUAACUCAUUUUUGUUUUUUUGAAGGAAAAUGACUGUACCAAAUACACUAUUAAAAUGAUCAAACAUGGUAACACUGCUCUGAAGAAACAAACACGGAAGAAAUGUGAAUUAACAAUGUGCAACAAAUUCAAUCAAGAGAAUGUAAUUUAUUUGUAAUGUUAAGAGAUUUUUAAUUAGAUGCUAUGAUAAAUUGGUGGUUAAAAUAUAUUAAAUAAAAUGACAGUAAAUGAUAAUUGACAGAUUGACAAACAUUAAGCUCAGUCUCUCAUUAUGCAUUGCAGGCUCUUUCUGGUUGUAAUAAGAAUAAUAAUUGUGCACAUACACUGCUGGUAAAAACAUCGAAUCAAAACAUUUUAUGUUUAUGAAAGAAGUCAGUUAUGCUCACAAGGCUGCAUUCGUUUGAUCAAACAAUUUAUAUAUUUGAUUAAUACAAAUCCUGUAACAGCAAAUGCACAUUUUCAGCAUCAGUAUGGAUCCCCUAUAGGGAUACCUCUGUGCGCAUAUACUUUAUGUAAUGUAUAAUUGAUCAAUUUAAUGCAUCCAUCUUGAAAAGAAUUGCUGUUUGUAUUAAUCGUUUUUAUUAGUAAUGCUGAAUAAUAAAGUGAAGGUUUUCAAAUUGA